GAUUGUAGGUAUCACAUUCUUUGGUAUCACCUAAUAAUUUUUAUAUUAGGAAUUGGCACAAAACUAAAAAUUAAUUAGGUUGUGAUAUUCAAAUUUCCUUAUUAAUCGUUUAAAUGAGAAAUGGCGUCUAUGGUAGGGAAUAUAAGCAACAUUUUUGCAGAAGCAGCAGAUGAAAGGGUCUCAGAUUGGUUUCUAAUGUCAAGUUUUUGGCCUAAUAUCGCUCUAGUAGUGACUUAUUUGGCUCUAGUUUACAAAAUUUUGCCAGAAUUUAUGAAAAACCGCAAACCAUUUGACUUAACUGAAAUUAUCCAGAUAUAUAAUUUUGGACAAAUACUGGCAUGCUGUAUAAUUAUUUAUUGGAUGUUGACUUCAGGUUGGAUCCAAGGCGAUUACUCCCUCGGUUGCCAGCCGAUGGAUUAUUCCAGUAAAGAUCCAAAAGCGAUUUCUUUGUUGCAAUCAAUGCAAUGGCUGUACUUUUUAAAGAUAACAGAACUGCUUGAAACGAUGUUUUUUGUGCUUAGGAAAAAAUUUAACCAAGUUACUACGCUUCACGUUUACCAUCACGUUUCUACGAUGAUAGUGGCUUGGACUACUUGCAAAUAUAUUGGAGGUCCAAUGCCAUCAAUCCACAUAAUGAUGAAUUGCUUUAUACACGCAUUAAUGUAUACCUACUAUUAUUUGGCUUCAAAAGGUCCUGAAUGGCAGAAAUGUAUUAACCCAUGGAAACCUUGGUUGACUAUCGCUCAAAUGAUUCAGUUUACGUUGAUGCUUAUUCACCUGCUGCCACCUCUGCUAACAGAAUGUUCAAUCAAUACAAGUUAUUUAGUUUAUGAAGCUUUCUACAUGCCAAACAUUAUGUUUUUGUACUACAUGUUUUAUAAGUUUUACAAAAGAGCUUAUAGAAAAAAUAGACUAUCUAAGAAAGUUGAAUAAAUUAUUGAAGUUAAAAUUA